UGACGUCACGGUAAGAAAAUAGACGUGGCCGACCCGUGUGGAACGUUGAGCGCUAGCGGGACACCGAAUCCUUUCUAGAACAGCAUCAGUAUGGGCCUCUGCAAAUGUCCUAAACGCCAAGUGACGACACAGUUCUGCUUCGAGCAUCGGGUGAACGUGUGCGAGAACUGCAUGGUCGUCAACCACACCACGUGCACCGUUCAAUCGUACAUCCAGUGGCUGAAGGAUAGCGACUUUGGGUCCAACUGCACGCUUUGCGGCAGUCCCCGGAGCACCGACGACUGCGUACGGCUAAUAUGCUACCACGUAUUUCAUUGGAAAUGCUUGAAUGCUAGGCAGCAGCUGUUGCCGGAGAACACGGCCCCGGGAGGUCACACCUGUCCAACAUGCAGCGAUCCUAUCUUUCCACCCGGCAACCUUGUUUCUCCCGUGGCCGACGUCCUGCGAGUGCGGCUGGGGCAGGUCAAUUGGGGCAGAAACGAGCUAGGUUUACCCUUGCUGCAUGAUGAGAGUGACGUGAGAAGCGGCUACCAGGGUGCCGCCUCUAACGUUGGCCCUCUAGCCGCAGCAAGCCACAUCAGUUCCAGUGCGACGACCCAGAAUCGAUCGAUCAAUACUGCAGCACUAGUCAGCAAGGAGCGCCCCGAAGCACCACACUCGAUAGUCAACCUCGAUCCGUAUGUGAAUAUAGCAAAUAGCCGCCGGGUAACGCUAUUGUCGCGUGAAUCACCGAUCGGUGGCUCCGAUCGGGAUGACAACAAAUACAAGCGCCGGACGCCGCAGGAAAUCUUCUCUCGCUGGUCACGCCGACUGUACGCACCAACGGCGAAGCCGAUCUGGCGGAAAUCCUGGUUUCUGGUUACCACCGGUAUGAUCGGGUUUCUCUGUAUCGUCUACGUGAUGGCCACGCUUGGUCGCAGCGGUGGCGACGAUGAGAUCGGUGGUUUCGUCCCGAAUCGCAAUUUGCCACGAGCGGAAGAGUGAUAGUGUUUACUGCGGUGACCCGGAGAGCCUUUUGUUAAAGCUAACUGUAACGGUUUUAGCCCAUCCAUUCAUUCACAAGGGCAUCGAGGACGAUAUGAUGGGAAUGCGCAUAUGCUACGGAACGCCCGCGAUAGAUCCGGCAAACAAUGAGCAGCGAAUUAGGUGACCGACCAAAUGGUGGAUUAAGAUUCAUUUAAUAUCAUUUUAUGCUACAGUGCUGAAUACGAAACGGAUAAGAAAAAAACCGAUAAUCAUUCCCUUCUAGGCCGGAGUUAUUCUAUUUUCGCAGCGCAACUUCAUUUCUAGCAUGUGCGAUGCGGUGCAACCAGCAAACACGAUGUCAAAUACAUGUAUUCAAAUAUUCCA